AUGAAUCUCGAAAAUCCUCAAAAAGAGAUGAUUGCGGAAAAAGGUGAUUUAAAUGGACAAACUUACGCUACUGGCCGAUGUAAUCGGGAAAAGCCACCCUGCAAAUACUUCCACCCACCUCAACACCUGAAGGACCAGCUUUUGAUAAACGGACGCAAUCACUUAGCCCUGAAAAACGCGCUUAUGCAACAAAUGGGCCUAACGCCUGGUCAACCUUUAGUGCCUGGCCAGGUACCAACAGUGGCGACGAAUCCGUACCUGACCGGUAUGCCGCAGGUGGGCAACGCGUACAGCCCGUACUUCGCGCCCAGCCCGAUAAUGCCGGCGAUAAUGGGGCCUGCAGACCCAACGGGAGUCGGCAGCCCACUCGGCGUAGUCCCGCAGACGGUCGCGAUGCCGCAGAAGAUGCCACGUACAGACCGCUUCGAGGCCUUCCCAGGAAUGGUUCCGUAUAAACGACCGGCGGCCGACAAGUCUGGUAUGCCGGUCUAUCAGCCGACCGGUGCGACGACCUUAAUGCAGUUGCAGCAGCCCUUCGUGCCUGUGUCAUGUGAGUACACUGGAACACCACCCCUACCUACCCAAACCUCUAACCAUUCGGUCAUGCAACCCCCGAACGUGCAAAGCAACCACCACCACCACCACCACCACGCGGUGGUGCAGUCCUCCUCUUCCUCCCAGGGAACCGGCGGCGUCUCUGUCGGUAACUGCGCCGACGCCAACAAUAGCGUCCUCAUGGAUCCGUGCAACAAUCCGCCGCCGCCGCCGCCGACAACCGGCGACAAUAACAGUAGCGUUAGUAAUGCCGGUAACAAACAGACCCUCGUUAAUGCCCAGAAUCAUGACGGCGAAAAUGCGCGUAACUCCCCCGAAUUGAAUCACUCGAGUCCGGCGAUUCAACAGCAAGCUCAGCAACAAGCUCAACAGCAAGCUCAGCAACAAGCUCAGCAACAAGCUCAACAACAACAACAACAACAACAGCAACAGGCUCAGCAGCAAGCGGCGCAGCAACAAGCUGUUGCUCAAGCUCAACAAGCUGCUCAACAGCAGGCACAUCAACAGCACCAACAGCAACAACAUGCUCAACAACACGCUCAACAACAACUCCAACAACAUCAUCAGCAGCAAAUGAAUCAAUUGGCUUUAUCGGCCGUACCGCCGUCCAUGAGCCCAUUGACAUCAAUGGCUGGAUUGACAUCAAUGCCAGGUGUCGUCAACAUGGCUUCGAUGGCCAAUAUGGUCAGCAUGGCAAACGCUUCGUCUAUGACUAACCUAUCUUCCAUGAGCAAUUACUCGGUUGCGAAUAUGGCGAAUUUAAACAUGUUGAAUACGCUCGGCAUGUCCGGAUUACCGACGCAUCUCGACGCUGCUGCUUUGGCCAAGGAGGUGGCUCAGAAGAAUUACGCGAAAGCAAUCAAAUUGUCGCAGGCGUCGCAGUCUUAUGGUAUUAGUCAACUGACGGCACUUAAUUAUACCGGGGUAGCAUUGAACAAGCAAACCUUGGUGAAUCCAGCGAGUGCCGCAGCCGCUGCAGCUGCGGCUGGACCUGGAUCUGCUUUACAAGCUAGCGCUUUGUCCGGAAGUACUGGGACACAGAGAUCAGUGAUCCCUGGACUGGCCGGUAUCCCCGGUGCGCUGACGUCGCCUCUUUCAGCUGGCAUACUAGCAUAUUCGAGACCUCAACCAACCGCCACACCUAUUAAUCCGUACUCCCUGAUCAGACAACAGAUCCUACCGAGCCAUUACGUCCAAGCAUCGAUACCCGGUGUCCCUGGAGCGACCGCAGCUGCUGUUCAGGCAUCUCCCUACGUCCAGAAUCCGUACGCCGUUUUACCAGGUAUGGCUGGUGUACCUGCUGGCGUAGCAGCCGCGGCAGGUGUACCAACCGUACCUCAGAUACCGCAAAUCCCCAAUCCCGCGACGAUAGCGGCGCAACCGCAGGUCGCCAUACCGGUCAGCUCCGGUGUGAUCAUGCAACCCUAUAAGAAGAUGAAGACUUCGUAA